AUGGCAAUGAGUUAUGAAACUGGUGAAGUGAUCGAUUGUGUUGACUUCUUCAAGCAACCCGCUUUUGAUCAUCCGCUUCUAAAGAAUUAUUCCAUACAGAUAAAGCCAAGCUCAAAUCAGAAAUUGAAUGGAGCGCUCAAUCAAGUUUGGUGGAAAUAUGGUAAAUGCCCUGAAGGAACGAUCCCCAUCAAAAGACCACAAAAUCAUACCAAUCAUCAUGUUAAACCGUUGACUCCACGCAUGAAGCGGCUCAAUUUGAGCAGGAAUGACGUCAAUGCAGAUGAUGGACAUGAACAUGCUAUAGUAUCUUUGACCGGUGGCAGCUAUAACGGAGCUCGUGCAACUAUUAAUUUGUGGAAUCCUAAAGUAGUGGGUUCAGAAGUUAGUUUCUCUCAAAUUUGGCUCGCAGCAGGCCCCGAAGAGGAUAUUAAUACUGUGGAGGCAGGAUGGAUGGUUAAUAGAGAAUUGAGUGAUAGCGGGCAGGCAGAGUUUUUCGUAUACUGGACAGUGAGUUCUUAA